AAAAAAUCAACCUCCCAAACACACACACACACAAAUCAUAAAAAAAAAACCCAACAAAUAUUAUCAAAAGUAUAGUUAAUGAUGAUGAUUAUGGGGUUAUUAAAAGAUGAAAGAAGUAAGAAAGCUUUGAGAGGAUUUAAAACAGUAUUCUUUUUAAUAACAAUGAUCAUAUCAUUCUUAUUAUUUUCUGCUCCAAUAUUAUUUGCAGUUGCUGAUGCUUUACUUCCCACAGCUCUUUUAUCUGCUGCUUUGUCUACACCUGAUGAUCAUCCUUCACCACCACUUUUACCCUCUUCUUUUUUUCAAACCCUUUAUUCCCAUUUAACCAACUAUGAUUUCCGAUAUUCUUUGAUCGAUAUUCCGAUAAUCUCCAUCAUCCGAUCCGCCAUCAUUCUUUGUGUGUACGGACUAUGUGACGGACCGGGGUUAUCAAGGGGACCAUAUUUAGGAAUCACGACGGCCUGUUCGGUGGUUUCUUUAUUAUUUGUAUCUAUAAAAGCGGCAUAUGUAUUUGGCGGUGGUAGUAGUAGCGGCUUCUCGGCGGCGGAAGUAGCGUUGUUCGUGUGUUCGUUGUCGUUGGCCGUUGGGCACAUCGUGGUGGCUUACCGGACUAGUUGCCGAGAACGUCGGAAGUUGUUAGUUUACAAAAUCGAUAUUGAAGCUGUCUCCACGUUCAAGAAGGGGUUUCCAAGAUACACAAAGAUUCUCCAAGAUGAAAGAGUCAAAAUAAAACUGCAAAACUAAAAGUAGAGGCAUAACUGUUGUCAUCUCAACCUCAAUCUUUUCAAUGGCCAGACCACCUUCCCAUAUCCUAGUUUCAGGUUUUCCGAAGGCGAACCUUUGACUUGAUGGCCAAAGACGAAGAGAUAACCAAGAUAGAUCGUUUAUAUAUACACGACUAAGUUUGGGUACAUUUGUAAACUACGAAUUAUGUUAUGUUUCUUUAUUGAUGUGGGAGUACAAGUAUCGGGUUUGAGAUCUGUCUUCCACAAAAAAAAAACAAAACAUGUAUAUAUUUUUUUGAUUUUCUGUAUUUGGUAGAAAUUGAAUAUAUUUACACAUUUUUGUUGACAAAAUGCAAUUACCAUGAUGUAUAUAAAAGCAAUGUAUUACAAUAGUGAAUUCAACUA